AUGAAGUACUCAACUGUUUGCGCCGCCUUCUUUGCGGCUGUCGUUGCUGCUUCCGAUGUCAAGCAGCUGAAGACCGACGACUUCAAGGGCUUCAUUGAGGAGCACGACCUCGUCCUCGCAGAGUUCUUCGCCCCAUGGUGCGGUCACUGCAAGGCGCUCGCCCCCGAGUACGAGACGGCCGCCACAACUCUCAAGGAGAAGGAUAUUGCCCUGGUCAAGGUCGACUGCACAGAGGAGCAGGAUCUCUGCCAGGAGUAUGGUGUUGAGGGAUACCCCACUCUCAAGGUCUUCCGCGGCCUCGAGAACGUGUCGCCAUACGGUGGUCAGCGCAAGGCUGAUAGCCUAAUCUCCUACAUGACCAAGCAGGCCCUCCCUGCUGUCUCCGAGGUCACAAAGGACACCCUCGAGGAGUUCAAGACUGCCGACAAGGUUGUCCUCGUUGGCUACUUCGCCGCCGACGACAAGGCCUCCAACGAGACCUUUACUGCCGUCGCCAAUGGCCUCCGCGACAACUACCUGUUCGGUGCCACCAACGACGCUGCUCUCGCCAAGGCUGAGGGCGUCAAGCAGCCUGGUCUCGUCCUGUACAAGUCGUUUGACGACGGCAAGGACGUUUUCACCGAGGCCUUUGAGGCCGAUGCUAUUCGCACAUUCGCCAAGGUCGCCGCUACCCCUCUUAUUGGCGAGGUUGGCCCUGAGACCUACUCCGACUACAUGGCCGCUGGCCUUCCCCUCGCAUACAUCUUCGCCGAGACACCCGAGGAGCGUGAGAAAUUCGCCAAGGAGCUGAAGCCCCUCGCUCUCAAGCACAAGGGCGUCAUCAACUUCGCCACCAUUGACGCCAAGGCGUUCGGCCAGCACGCUGGUAACCUCAACCUCAAGAUCGGCACAUGGCCCGCCUUUGCUAUUCAGCGCACCGAGAAGAACGACAAGUUCCCCUUCGACCAGGAGGAGAAGAUCACCGAGAAGAGCAUUGGCAAGUUCGUCGACGACUUCCUCGCUGACAAGAUCGAGCCCAGCAUCAAGUCUGAGCCUAUUCCCGAGUCCAAUGAUGGCCCCGUCAAGGUUAUUGUCGCGCACAACUACAAGGACAUCGUCAUCGACAACGACAAGGAUGUCCUUGUUGAGUUCUACGCUCCUUGGUGCGGUCACUGCAAGGCUCUUGCUCCCAAGUACGAGGAGCUCGGCCAGCUCUACGCCUCUGAUGAGCUCUCCAAGCUCGUAACUAUCGCCAAGGUUGACGCCACCGCCAACGACGUUCCCGACGAGAUCCAAGGUUUCCCCACCAUCAAGCUCUUCGCCGCUGGCAAGAAGGACUCCCCCGUCGACUACUCUGGUUCCCGCACUGUUGAGGAUUUGGUUAAGUUCAUCAAGGAGAACGGCUCGCACAAGGCUGAGGCCACUGUUCCCGAGGCCGCUGAUGAAGAUGCUACUGAGUCCGCCAAGGAGGCUGCCGCUGACGCUGCAGACGCCGUCAAGGACACUGCUGAGAAGGCUACCGAUGCCGCCAAAGAGGCUGCUGCUGAUGCCAAGGAGGCUGUCAAGGACACUGCAGAGAAGGCCAAGGACAAGGCCGCAAAGGCCAAGGACGAGUUGUAG